AUGACCUCAAGCUUGUUGUGUUCAGUACUGUCUACUUCCGGUAAAGUCUUCUUCGAUCUCAACUGCAUACGCCGAUGCAGCUUUGUUUCUGAACUGAAUAUAGAAGAAGAUUUCCAUCAUGGCUGACACAUCUCAGCCCCAGUCACACGUUGCUACGCCAGAAGCCUCAGAUCUGUCAGGGAAGAAAUCACGUCAAGAAAAUGCAUCACGCCAGUCUGGUCGGGUGACCUUUCCAAAUUCAGCAAAGUCAGGGUCAAGUGCCCAUUCUAUGAGGACAGAUGAAAUUGUCCCGAAAGGAAACCCAUUCAAAAUGCCUCCAGACAGUGAUAUAUUUCUUCUCAGAGACAAAGAGAGGCAACGGAAGAAGCAAGAGCGACUGAGACAGAGAAACUUGAAAGUUCAUGAGAAAACAACGUAUGCAUCCAGGGUCAACUUUCGCACAGCAGCAAUGAUCCACCCAGCCGAAUCUGAAUCUGAGGAGGAGGAGGAUACCGAUAAAGCAGUUGCUGUGAAAGACGAUCCUCAAUUUACCAUCGCUGUGACUAGAGACCGGCAUGUUGAGAAAGAAUCGCUAGCAGAAUAUAUUGCAAAGAAAAGGGAAAUGUUUUUAGUUCAGUAUUCUCUCGGAGUGAAGCGGGAUGAGAUGAGAAAACUGGAAGAGAUAGCACAGGCAGAAGAGAAGAAGCUGGAGCUGGCAGAGCAAUACCUGGAGGAGGAUGCAGCCAUGUUUGAUGAGUUCUUGAAAGAAAAUGACAAAAACUCAGUGGAAGCUAUUAAAAUUGCGGAGGCGGAAGCGAAGCAGAAGAUGGAGAAGAUCAACGAGAUCAAGAGAAUCAACGCACAGAUGAUGGGCAUCAAGUCGGAGAUCUCCAAGUACGAGGACACACUCAAGGAGUAUCAGUUGUACCGGGGAUUCCUCGAGUCUCUCAUUCCACAGGAAGUUCAAGAAGAAAGACAGAAAGCUCUUGAAAAACGAAGGGAAGAAAAAUCACAGACUAAAGAGACUGCGGCACCGACUUCCAAGUCAGGUUCAAGGUCCGAUGCAUCAGAGAAGGGUAGCAUAAACAGCGGCAGACGACCAACGAAGAAAACGGGAGGUAAAGGAGAGAAAGGGACAACAUCACCCAGCAAAAGCCCCAGCUCACAGAGUGAGAAGACUAUAGACGCAAAAAUGGAUGAUUUAUUUAUUGAGCUGAAUACGCUGAGCUCCACUCAACAAGCCAUGGCUAUGGACGAGAUCAAAACGAAGCAAGAGGACAGCGAAACAGGAGAGCCUAAGCCAGAGCUCCUUGACAUGGAGGACAGUGAUGAGGAACUGGACCUGUUCUUCACCGACCCACAACAGCUGCUGGACAUUUUCGCGGAGCUGGAGGAGCAGAACUUGUCGCUGAUCCAGAACAGCCAGGAGACGGAGGAGGCUUUAGAGGAGAUGAAGCACACCAUCAAACAGACCAAAGUCAAGAUGGAGAAGGAAACGAAGACGCUGAAAGAACAGAUAGACAAACUACAGUCUCAGAUACAGAGUGAGGAGGCAAAGGCAGCAGAUCUAAAAAUAAAAGCCAAGAUGUUCAACUACGGAGAGUUCAAGGCAGAUGAUGAUCAAGAGCAGCAUUUAUCAGAACUUAACAAGAAGGUGGAAGACGUCUACCGAAAUUGUAUAGGUGACAAUGAAGCAAAUAUCAGCACACUACAGAUGCUGACCAACAUUGAGAACAGGUUAGAAGAAUUGUUUGAGAUGAUUGAAACUAUGCCACAGGACAAGGUGGAGGCCGCAGAAAAGGCCAAAGACAAGGAGAGGAGGUUGAAGAUGAGGGAGGAGAAGAUGGAGCAGCUGAGGAUUCACCAGGAGGAGCGGGUGAGGCGAGCACUGGAGAGAGCAAAGGCAGAGCCCAAGAAACAGACGGGCAAGAGACUGGUGUUCAGGUCCAAGCCCCCAGAGCUCAAGAAGAAGGAGGAUGAGGGAGCAGACCAAGCCAGCAGGGAGGAGGAGGAGCUGCAGUAUUAUUUCGCCUGGUAACCUACGCCAUCGUGCCUACCACCGCCAUAGACGUUUGUGUAGCCUCCUACGCCAUCACCAUUACCGCCGUCUUAGAUGCUCGUAUUUUCUGGGAGUAGCCUGCGGAUGAAUAAAAAAGAAAUAGAUACAGAUUAUCUCAGCAAGUCCACUUGUUAAACCCAAGGGAUUAGAUAUGGUCUAGAAGGUGGAUUACUACAGAUUUCUCAACAUUGUAAAUGUGCUUUGCUACUUAAAUAUUCGUGAGUUAGCUUGACAAAAAUCUUUUGAUUAUGAGCCGAACUCUAAUCGUUUUUUUUUCCUGAACUUUGUCAAUAAUGAUAUUUUCACAGAGGAUUGAAAUGUGGAAGUGUAGUUCUCUUGGUUUAAAAGUUGAGGAAAAGACAGUGAAUACUGUACUUACAUGAUCGGAGAACUGCACUGUAGCUUAGCACAUUACCAGUCUUUAGUCACAGUGCAAAGACUUGAACUCAUGCCUUGUGGUAUUGGUCCAUGACAUGUUCAAGAUUUAUCAAAGAACCCGAAUCUUUCUCUCGUGUAGUUGGAGCCCACCAAAACACUCACACUUCACAUGUCUCUACACAAAGCUUAUGUUUUAAUUCUUUCCCAUUUCCCGAAUACUAACCCCACUGGGUCUUCGGAUAACAGAUGUACAGGAGUGAGAUGAACAGCUUUUGUCCUUUGUAAAUUUUUACACUUUGAUUAUACACCUUUCUGUUUACGCUGAAAUUUAUGAGAUCAUUUACCUAUAAGUUUGAGACUUGUCCAAAUUCUGGAAAGUUUCAUAGAGGCAUGCUGGUUUUUAUUCUUCAUAAGACUUAUACCUAGUAGGUUUACUAAAUAAACAGUGUACAAUUUUGGUGAAAA